GGAUCGGUGUAAUCUCUGUGCUGCAAACAGAGAGCUGACAAGUCAAACUACUGGAGAUCAGUGUGUGAAAGUCAAAGAAGAGAAACUUGGGUUCAGCUUCUGUUACUGUAAGAAGAAGUGAAUCUGAUGAAACGCUGGUUCGUGUCGAUCAGUAAAAUAUAGCAGCGAGGAAAUAAGAUGAAUUCAGAAAAAUUCUCUUGUUCCAUCUGUCUGGAUCUACUGAAGGAUCCGGUGACUAUUCCCUGUGGACACAGCUACUGUAUGAACUGUAUUAAAACCCACUGGGAUGAAGAGGAUCAGAAGGGAAUCCACAGCUGUCCUCAGUGCAGGAAAACGUUCACACCGAGGCCUGUCCUGGAGAAAAACAUCCUGUUAGCAGAGUUAGUGGAGGAGCUGAAGAAGACUGGACUCCAAGCUGCUCCAGCUGAUCACUGCUAUGUUGGACCUGAAGAUGUGGCCUGUGAUGUCUGCACUGGGAGGAAGCUGAAAGCCAUCAAGUCCUGUCUGGUCUGUCUGGUUUCUUACUGUGACAAACACCUCCAACAUCAUUAUGACAUAGUUCAGUUAAAGAAACACAAGCUGGUGGAGCCCUCCAAGAAUCUCCAGCAGCUCAUCUGUUCUCGUCAUGAUGAGGUGAUGAAGAUUUUCUGUCGUACUGAUCAGCAGAGUAUCUGUUAUCUCUGCUUAAUGGAUGAACAUAAAGGUCAUGAAACAGUUCCAGCUGCAGCAGAAAAAGCUGAGAAGCAGAAGAAGCUGGAGGUGAGUCGACAAGAAAUCCAGCAGAGAAUCCAGGACGGAGAGAAAGAUGUGAAGCUGCUUCAACAGGAGGUGGAGGCCAUCAAUGGCUCCGCUGAUAAAGCAGUGGAGGACAGUGAGAAGAUCUUCACUGAGCUGAUCCGUCUCAUCCAGAAAAGAAGCUCUGAUGUGAAGCAGCAGAUCAGAUCCCAGCAGGAAACUGAAGUGAGUCGAGUCAAAGAAGUUCAGGAGAAGCUGGAGCAGGAGAUCAUGGAGCUGAAGAGGAAAGACGGCGAGCUGGAGCAGCUCUCACACACAGAGGAUCACAACCAGUUUCUACACAACUACCCCUCACUGUCAGCACUCAGUGAGUCUACACACUCAUCCAGCAUCAAUAUUCGUCCUCUCAGAUACUUUGAGGAUGUGACAGCAGCUGUGUCAGAGACCAGAGAUAAACUACAGGACAUCCUGACAGAGAAAUGGACAAACGUCUCACUGGCAGCCACUGAAGUGGACGUUUUACUGUCUGAACCAGAACCAGAACCAGAACCAAAGAGCAGAGAUGACUUCCUAAAAUAUUCAACAGAAAUUACACUGGAUCCAAACACAGCAAACACACAUCUGUUAUUAUCUGAGGGAAACAGAAAAGUAACAACAAUGAAUCAAAAACAGUCUUAUUCUAGUCAUCCAGACAGAUUCACUUUUUGGCAUCAGGCCCUGAGCAGAGAGAGUCUGACUGGACGUUGUUACUGGGAGGUGGAGUGGAGAGGAAAGUUUGUCUAUGUAGCAGUCGCCUACAAGAACAUCAGCAGAGCAGGAUAUUCAGAUGAAUGUGUUUUUGGAUGGAACAACAAAUCUUGGUCAUUACGUUGUGAAACAGACAGUUACACAUUUUGGCACAACAAAGUCCCAACUCCAGUCUCAGGUCCUCCUUCCUCCAGAAUAGGAGUGUAUCUGGACCACAGAGCAGGUAUUCUGUCUUUCUACAGCGUCUCUGAAACCAUGACUCUCCUUCACAGAGUCCAGACCACAUUCACUCAGCCGCUCUAUGCUGGACUCUGGAUAGGAUUAAAAAACACUGCUGAGUUCAUUAAAUAGAGAAACUACUGCAGCUUCAGGCAGGUUGUGUUUAGUCAUGAUGGAUUUUCCUCUGUUUUCUUUCAUUUUCUUCAAAGAGCCGUAACAUCUUAAAUAUUGUAAAGUUUAUUAAAUGCCUGAAACCCAAAAGUGUUUUCUAAAAACUCUUUUAAUGAACUUCAUGUCAAACCCAAAAGUUUAAAACAAAGAGUUAAAAUAAAGAACUGGCCUCACUGCUCCAGUAACUUUGGGGUGGACUGAAUGUUAAGAUAAAAUACAUCUUCCUUCAUUAAAAUGUCAAAGAAUUACAUCAGUUUAAUCAAUUAAUAGAACUUUACAUGUUCAAUUACGAAUAUUUGAUCAGUCUUGUUGUAGUUUUUUAUUUUUUAUGGAUUUCAUUGAUUAUUGAAUAAAAUGCUGCAGUGAUUAGUUUGUUAAAUGAUCAGAGUUUUAACUGUUUUCUGUACUUUCAGACGUUUUUAAAGUUGCUCAACUAUGAAGAUU